AUGGUGAUGCCCAAUCCGCUCCCUCCACCAGCCAACACCUGCAGCAGUGAUUGGGUACCCCCACUGGAUCUCGCAGACCCUACGGGCAAGGAAGAAGCCUAUUAUGUCCAAUACUGGGAAAAGGAUGGACUACCAGACAUGGCAAAAGCUUUGAUCACUCAGACGUAUGAGCUAUGGAUCAGUUUGACGGAUGUUUCGGCAAUUUCCACGACUGGAAACCCCUCCCAAUCCUGA